UUGACCUCCAUCCUUCUACGCUCACUUCAGGAUGCCUACGACUCGUCGCCAAGCUGCGGAAGCUGAAAAGCACGAGGAGAAGCCUGCCCAUGCAGGUAGCAAACGUCCACCAACGUCGCGGAAGGAGACCAAGAGCGCGGAGGAGCCGCCGGCCAAAAAAGCUAAGCCGGCCUCCAAACCUAAAGGAGGGAAAGCAACGAAGGCGAAGGCGGAGCCAAAGGAAGACCAGGACAAAGAACAUGAAGACCAAAAGGGGCAAGCAGUGGAGGCUGAAGAGAAGCCUGCUACUGGCUCUAAAUCUGCAGGACCAUGGCAUGCCGGUACUAUCGAACGCGGUCACAUAUACUUCUUCUAUCGUCCGAAGGUGCAGCUCGAGGAAGCAGCAAGCAUCGACGACGUGAAGAACUUCCACAUGCUUCUCGUGCCCCGUCCUCCCGAGUUCGCGUCAGGAAAUGAGGGCGCGAGCAAGCCAGAGGAGCCAGGACAGGCGCAGGAAAUGCAGAUGCUGCAGUCCGGCGCGGACGCGGUCCCUGCAGAGCCCACUCAUACGAAGAAGAAAUUCUACCGCCUUAUCACCUUGGGCAAGAAGCAGCUUCCGGAUCCGGAGCACGCCACCGGCGGGAGAAAGGAAACGUUUUGGGCUACUGUAACCGAUGUCGGAGACGACCUUGAGUCACUCGAGAAGGGUCUCGACGAGAAGACAUACGAGACGAAGACGCGCGGUACGAGGCAUCAGGCCCCUGCUCGCCUCGUCGCUCGUGGCGCCUACGCCAUCGUCAACAACAACCCUCGCAUCCCUAGCGGGCGGGAGACUCACUUCGGUUAUCACCUCUCACACCCGUCCGCUGAGGAAUUUACACCGGAUUCUGUACAAGCCGAGCUGGGUAUACACCCAGCGAACUCGUUCGUCAUCCAGGUCAAGAAUCCCCUGGCGCCGUCAACGAACCCGGCUAUGCGGAAUCAGAAGGGCGCGGAGUAUCCCGAGGAUAUCAUGGUUGAUGUCUUCGGUAAAGGAGGUAGGAAGGGAAGGGAGAACUAUGGGCUCCGUUUUGCGCCCUGCGAGCGCCCAGAGCUCCUCAAUUACGAGGGUGCGCAACUGCUGUUCAUCGCCGCCCGCGAUGGAGAAGCCGGUCUGGAGGAAUCCUUGGGCGAGGGACGCGGUGAAGCGUUAUCUGAGGCAGAGAAGAAGGAGUCGAAGGAAGCCGUCAACGAGGUCUUCUCUGAACUGGGAUUGCACUUGGAAAGAUUCCCUGCAAAGCCACUGAUUGGGGAGUGGAUUUGAAGUCGAGAGGAGAAGGCGCAGAAAUAAUAAAUCAGCGGCAAGUUUCCGUUCCCCAAUGUACUUAUACGUAUUGCUAUUUUCUUCGCAUGAA